UGUUUCAUUUGGUAGAACCGGCAAGUCUGAUUCUUGAACAGAGAAAGAAACACCGAAGGUAGAGUCAUCAUGCCAUUUGGAUUGGCCUCAGCCUGGAGCAAGCGCCACAGAAGCAAGUCUCAAGACCAUACUGACCCCUGGAUUUACAAACCUCUGGAGUUUUGGCAACUUGAAGAUCAAGCAACGCGGCCCCCAAAAAGGCAGCAUGCGUCGGCUGUCUACACGCUCAAGGAGAUGGAAGAGGCAACAGGUUCAUUCUGUGAUAAUCUGCUUGGCAAAGGAGGAUUUGGCAGAGUGUACAGGGGCACUUUGCGUUCAGGAGAGGUUGUAGCAAUCAAGAAAAUGGAUCUGCCGGCAAUUAAAGAAGCAGAGGGAGAGCGUGAGUUCCGUGUUGAAGUUGACAUCUUGAGUAGACUUGACCACCCAAAUCUUGUUUCUCUAAUAGGCUAUUGUGCUGAUGGGAAGCACCGGUUCCUAGUAUAUGAAUACAUGCAUAACGGAAACCUGCAAGAUCAUUUGAAUGGAAUUGGGCAAAGAAAAAUGGAUUGGCCUCACAGACUCAAAGUAGCACUGGGAGCAGCAAGAGGUCUAGCAUAUCUCCAUUCAAGUUCUGCUGUUGGAAUUCCUAUUGUUCACAGAGACUUCAAAUCCACCAACGUUCUCUUAAACGCCAAUUUUGAAGCCAAGAUAUCUGAUUUUGGGCUAGCUAAGUUAAUGCCAGAAGGACAAGAGACACACGUGACUGCCAGAGUGCUUGGUACAUUUGGUUACUUUGAUCCUGAGUAUACAUCGACGGGGAAACUGACGCUACAAAGUGAUGUUUAUGCUUUUGGUGUUGUUCUUCUUGAGCUUUUGACAGGACGUCGAGCUGUAGAUUUAAACCAAGGUCCAAAUGAUCAAAACCUUGUAUUACAGGUGAGAAACAUACUGAAUGACCGCAAGAAGCUCCGCAGGGUGAUAGACCCAGAAAUGGCACGAAAUUCUUAUACCUUGGAGUCCAUAGCCAUGUUUGCCAAUCUUGCAUCACGAUGUAUCCGCACAGACAGUAGUGAGAGACCUUCUAUGGCAGAAUGUGUAAAAGAGCUGCAAAUGAUUAUCUACACUAAUUCAAAAGGCUUGGCAAUGGUUAUGCAUAGUUUGAGAAUGAUCUAAUGAAAUCCCAUGUUUAAGCACCAGGCAAAUGAUGGUUUUCUAUCAGGAAUAAAGAUUCCUAUUAUUCAGACACCAAGCUAAAUUAUGACCAGGAAGAAGUAUUUGGCAUAAUUAUAUAUGAUGCAUUGCAAUUUGGAUGUUCCUAAAGGGCCUCCCCUGGUCUGUUCUCCUGCUCUCAUCCUUUGGUUUGUCGCAGGAAAAAUGUCCUCAAAGGACCAAUACAAGAACAGACCACUUUUCUGGAAAAUGUCCAUCUACUAACAGUACCAUUUUGUUGUGUUGGAAUUAUUGACUUGAUUCCACAGAUUGGAUGAACAUUACUCAAAUGUCUAUAUAUACUUUAUAAUAUCAAUAUU